UCUCUGUGCUUCCAUUGGUGAUUUUUAAGUAAGAAAGUAACAUAAUCAGAUUUUCAUUUUAGAAACAUCACUUCAACUCAUGGGUUUUCAAUCAGGAACAAUUUUGUGCCAUAAGGGACAUUCAGCAAUGUUUGAAAUGUUUUUGUUUUUCACAAAUGAAGAGGGGAUAGAGUCCAGGGAUGCUGAUAACAUCCUACAGAGUACAGAGCAUUUCCCUACGAAAAGAAAAAAAUGGCUACAGCGAUAAAACUGAGUGACUGUUCUCCAUCUGCAGUGUAGGAAGAUUUGAGGGAACAAAAUUUAAGUCAGAGAGACUAGGUAAGAGGCUGCUGAGAUAGAGAAGUCAAAAAUGGGCAGAUAGUGCCGGGCAUGGUGGCAUAUCCGUGAAAUCCCAGAAGUCUGGGAGGCUGAGGCAGGAGGAAUGCAAGUUCCAGCCAAGCCUGGGCAACAUAGCAACUUAGCAAGACCUUGUUUCAAAAUAAGAAAUUUAAAGAGGGGGAGACUGGGAGUGUAGUGCAGUUCAGAGGCCCUGGGUUCAGUCCCACUUCUGGGGGGAAAAUAGAUUCAUGCAAGAUUUUGAAUGCUGACUCACAAGAACCUAGUAUUUGAUGAGGUGAGUGAGGAAGAAAGAGGAUUGGAAAUGGACUUUCUUCCACCCUGCCUUGGGAAAGCAGGUGAAUAUCAUGAAUGUAAGAGGAAGAACAGAUGUGGUGAGGAUCAUUUAAUUCAUUUAACCAACAAUACUGCAUAAGAAUAUACAAGAAGCACAAGGACAAAACAGGCAGUGCUUGCCUUCAAGGCUUUAGUCUUACGUGGACAACAAAAAAGAAAUAGGGAAAGGUGAGAGAAUAAUGCUGCUGUGAAGAUCUGCACGCCAUGGGACCCCACAGGGAGUGCAUGUAUCUUAGACUAAGUCCUGGUAAGUAUUCUAGAGAAAAUGACAUCUAUAAUGAUUCUUCAGGCAAGAGAUAGUUAUCCAGACAAACAGCUGGUAAGAAAGCAUUUCAGGCAAGGAAACAAAUACAUGCAGAUGUCUACCAAAUUCCCUCCAGCGGAAGAGACAUAGGAAAGUGAGAUUUGAGGCUGGACAGUAUGCAGGGGUUAGAUCAUGUAGGGGCUUAAGAAUGUGCAGAAGAAUUUCAGUGUUCACCCAAGAGCACACAGAAGUCUGUAGGAAGGGGGAUUGAUUCAGAUUGCACUGAUCAUUCUGGCUAAUGUUUAGAGAAUGGGUUGGAUUGGGACAAAAGUGGAAAUUGAAGGGCAGUUAAGGGACGAGUGCGCUCAUAAAGACAAGAGGUAAUAAAUGUCUUAGCUAGAGUACAGGUAGGGAGACGUGGAGACGAGGAUGGGCUUGAGAGGAAUUUCUGAGUUGAGUUAACAGGACUGGACUGGAAAGGAAGGAGUGGGAUGGAAGGGAGAUACUGAGUCCAUUUCAGACUUGUAAGAGCGAAAUCGUUCGUGGUCAUCUGCGUGGAACUCCUUGGAGGAAAAGUGUACUCCACCAACGCCUGGGGAAAUUACCCAGGGCUUUGGUUAGAACUCUGUCCUACUGUAUUGCAUGGGAAUUUCUGGGUGGUAUCUGCAAAGAUUGUGGAAAGAAGAGAGAAUGAUGGAGGUGGAAUUAACCUGACAAAACUAGAGUACGGAGACCCGUAAGGAAUGCAGUGUGGGGACGUGAGGUGGGAUGGGGGCUCACCCGGUAAAAUAAAAGCCUUGUGUCAUAUGAAGACUGUAUAUGCUUCCUUGUAAGAUUUUUAGGCAGAGGGUUUUAGACAGAUCUCCUAUUAGUGGUAUGAAGGAUGGAAGGGAGAAAAGAGAAACUGGACGUGGAGAAUGGAGAUAUUUGUGAACGAUCUCUAAAACAUUCCAUUAAGGGGACUUAGGAGUAAAGGCAGAGGAGGCGUCUUUGUAACCAUUUGCAAGGCCUAGUCUUGGGGCUUUUACCUGCAUAACCCUCAUGAUGCCACUAAUGCUUUUAUUUAUCCUACAAGUGGAAGUAUCAUCAUCAGAAACAGAAAUUAGCUUAGGGAGGGCCUGGCCUGGGUGCAGAGUCUCUGGGCCUCCAAGGCACUGGAGUGCCUCCCUCCAACCAAAGUCCACAGUGGUCCACAGCCACGCACACCCUCGGUGAACGCACCCCUGCCCUCACUGCGUGCACUUGCACUUGGCAGUCCUCUGUACCAGCCGUGAUUCAGGCAUCUUCUGGUCCUUUAGCUGCAUCUUCCACUCACCUGCCAUCCUCAGAAACCUGCCCCUGCUGCCCUUACUUCCCAUCGGAUUGGGGGCCUGCUGAGUUGGUGAGAGUUGGGCUGUGAGGAUGUGCUGGAAGGGCUGCAGCCUUCCAAGGCUCUGGACAGAAUCUGCACACCUUGGCAAGUACUCUUGGCUCUGGGCAAAUUGCUAUUUCCCAGCAUCCCCUGCAAGUCUUCCAUCUCCACGCCUUUGCUCAUGCUGCUCUGUAGCAGCCGUACCAGUUCUCUGCCACCUGCUCCUUACUGCCUCCCCUGCUCACCCUCAGAAGAGCUUGCCUCUCUGCAUUUUCAGUACACCUUACUUAUAUGUCUCUACUGCCCUUGUCACAUCUUGGCUUGUAUUUCAGUUCUGUUGUCAUCUAACCUUUCCUAUUGUUAAAAACUCAGAGAAUCAUUUCCUACCUCAGUCAUAUUUGUUUCCUCUAAAGAGCUCAAAGUAGUACAUAGCAUGCAUGAGGGUUGCAGACUUAAUAUUUAUGAAGAGGAAGCAAAACCAGAAUCCAUAAUGCUCCAAAGCCCAAAACUUUCUGAGCAUGGACAUGACCCUACAACAUAUGUAUAUCUUCAAGAUAUAAAAUUACUUGGCCUCCAGCUCUCCUGAAUCCUAAAGCUGCUAGGAGUUUGAAUGACAGACAGCUGUACCUUGUUGCUUUUGACCGCUCCAACCCAGAGCAUCAGUUUGCUGCACGCUUUGUCACCCUUGCUGCCCUUUGGUGGAGAUGAUCUGAUUUCACAGCUCUGACUCACUAGAUCUAUAUUAAUCCUGAAUCAAAAUCAGGCAGAGCACAACUUGGCAGAAGAGCGGAGUCUUAAAAGAUCCACAUCUAUCUCAGUUUUGGGCUGAGGUCUUGUAAAUUUUUUACCUGCUCCCUGAAUUUGUGAGAAGCAACAUACACAGGAAACGUACACUUGUUCAUCUUCAAAAUGAUUUCAGAACAAGUCAGGCAUGUUUAUAGAGAUAAUCACCCUGAAGCAGUUUUUAUGGCAUUUGCUUUUUAAACAAUUAUGGAUUAAGUCUGGUCCUGACCUAAUUGUUCUUUAAAAUAAAAAUGCACAAAAAUGAAAAUGUUUUCCAUUUAUAAGAAGAGUCUGUGUGCCAUACUAGGGAGGACUGUGGAUUCAGACAGGGGCCCAACUUCUAGCCCAUCUACUAAUUGUGUUCCUUAACCUGUGCAUUCUAAUUUUCCUAUACCUCCAUUGUCUCUGUAAAAUGGGAGCAGACAUAAUACCCACCUCAUAGGAACAAAGUAUUGAAGAGUUACCUUGCAGGAGAGCGUGAGAAUGAUGCCUGUCACACAGUAAACACUCAACAUGUAGUUCUUUUGUUAUUAGGUUUGUAUGCUGUGUUCAAAUACAAAUACACUCUUACAGAACUUUUCUCGGCUGCCUGAGUGGCAAAGAUUUAAAAUAUUAAUUCUAUGCAGUCAUAGAAAAUGGCUUUUGAAAUUUUGUCCAACAAUGCACUAACCAAGAAAUGUCCUCCUAACAGAACGUUAGAAAUCUGUCUUCACAAGACAUCGACACAGAAUGGUAAAAGUCCUGCUGAUAUUCCUCUGGGUGAAAGUCAAGCUCUUCAAAGAAAUUAUUUCAAAUUCUUUUCACAGGUGUGCUGGCCAGGGAGGACCUCCCGUGUCUGUGAGGGGAACCACUGUGUUUUAGAUGAUCUGGAUAGCACACUGGCUCAGGAACAAUCUGUAAGCUCAGUGAAUACCGGCAUGCCCCACAACUAUGGAGCAAGAACACAUUUCAGCCGUGCUUAUUCCACCAGGAACAGUAAUAUCACUGGAAGACAUAAAAAUCACUACAGUGAAACUUCCAAUAUGUCAAUUUAUGACAUCCUGAGACCAGGAGCUCCUAGGGAAGGUUUUAAAACCUUUUCUCCUAGGACAAGGACAAUUUAUGAUAUGUACAGGACAAGGGAGCCCAGCUUCUUAGAAGAAGAUUAUGUGCCGAAGAAUACUUUUGGCAGUACCUCUUUGUGUUUUGACAGCAGGCAACGAUCAGCCUUAGCAGCCACAAAGCAUUUCACAGCAAGAAGCUUACAUUUUCCAGCCGCAGCUCAGAGCAAGAGUAGAUUUAUACCACGGAACUAUCAGCAGAGCCCAAAGAGAACUCCGUUAUCAUCCAUCAUCUGGAAUAGAUCAGAUUCUUCUACAGAUAGGCAGGACCAGGAAGAGUUCCUGAGGACACCAUCACCAAUGGAAAUUGACCCUGCGGAUGAGUAUGUGAAUCCCAGGUAUUUUCAGGGAAACAGGAGGUAUGAAUUGUACCAUUCACAAAAUAUUUACCAAAGUGUUCAUCUAAACGCCCCCAUGGAUAAUGCAAUGAUUUCUGACACUUUUGAGAACUCAGAGAAUAUGCCGUUUUAUCAUCCAGACAACCCGUUUGCUAGGUCUUUCUUCAGUAGUACCUUUAGACGAAGCAGAGAACAACAAUUUGAACGAAGUUCUUUUUGGGGCCACCAGGAAGAACAUUUUUCUUGGUCUGACUUUCAUCAAGGCAGGAAACCAUUCGUUUAUUCUAACAGAGACUUUGAAAUGAUUUCCACUGAAGCAAAUAGUGCACCUGCUGCUCGCGGCCACAGUGUCCCUUUUCACCACUGGGAGCCGUUUGCUCCUGAUUGUGGACCGAAUCUUUUCAGAGGCCAAGAAGAGUCUGACUUUCACACACACCCUCUGGAGAGCAUGGAGAUAUCAAACAGUAAUGAGAACCAAUCAACUCCUCAUUUUGACACACAAAAUAUUUACUCUAUGACUGGUUCAAACUAUCACAUCAAAUCUAGUGGCUUAGGACGCCAACACGGUAGUUCUCCUGCGGAAGUACAUGUACACAAAGAACCCUAUUCAUUGAGAAUUGCUCAGACUUUAGCAUCCUCAUCCAAAACUUCCUUCCCCCAGGUUGCUGAUGACAAAGGGAAUUCUCAGAAUCCCACCGUUCUGAAUUCCACAGUCACUUUGCAAAAAAUGAUUCCCAAUAAACCAGACUCCCUGCCAACAGGAGGCCGUACAGAAGUCACUGUGACCUACAGCAAUUCAACUGACCCGCCGCCUCUUGCUGAAACCCAGCUCAGUAGCUUGGUCACAGAAAAGAAUAGUGAGAAGGAGUCAACUAUAUUUAUUUUAGAAGACAAACAGCUAAAUGAGGUAGACCAGAUGCACGUGACAGGUGACAUACUUCCACAGUAUGUUUCACAGACUGACAGACAGACAGACCCUUUACCUGAUUUUCAAAAACCUCUCUCCCAGGAGACAACCAAAAAUGACAGGUUGAGUUUUAAUGCGUCUACCACAGUUUGUUCAAAGGUGUCACCAAGAAGCUUUGCCGGGAAGGACACCUCCAAAAUGUACAUCGCAUACCAAGAUAAACUCAAUGAACUUAACAAAGGCGAGAGCUUUCCUGGGAACAAAAAACCUGAUUCAGAAGCUUCCCUUCUUUUCACUCAGAAGAGCAGAAUACCACCAUCGUUCCCCAGCCCAGAUCAAAGUUAUCAUCAGGAACUAAAAGUAAACAGUGAAGAUAUUCCGGACAUUGUUAAAAACAACCUCCGGCACGCUGAACCCCUGGACAAUCGAAGUGCAGAAUCACCGGAGGAGCCUGCUAGCUUAGAUACUGAAGGAGAAGGAAGUUCCACCACAGUGUUCUCCAGGAGAAGCCCAUCAGACACAGAUCCAUCUCUGGGAGAAAGAGAAGAAAAAGACAAUGGUAGCAAGAACCAAAACAAUCAAUUUGCUAUAAGCUCCUUAGAAAAUCAAAAGAGUAAUGAUAGUCCAAUGCCUGGAAAUGAUGAAGUGUGUGAUGUCACCCCGUGCCAUUCCUACUCUCCUUUGAAAAGUGGAAAGGGAAAAGGAAAAGGAAGGGUGAGACGUCGCGUAUCUUAUAUCGAGAAGUUGAGCAAAAUGAAUAGUGCAUCAGGACCAACUGAAGGCAGUAGCCUCACCGAGGAGGAUCAGAGCAAAUCCAGACCUUCUGAACUUAGCACCAUGUAUUGUACCUUGCCCAGAAAAUCAGCCAGUUAUCUCAUACGUGGCAGGCAGCCCGAAGGUAAGAUGGCGGCGGCUUCAAUUAGGAACGGGCCACCUCCAUUCCAGAUCAAAAAAAAUACGGACGCUUCAGGUGGGAAGUACUCAGCAAGUGAAUUCAGUCCCAGUUCUCCUGAGUCAAUGAGCAGAUGUUCCAAAGUUGUUUCAGAUUCAGCCUCGGUGGCAUCUAAAGCCACAGCAACAAUGACGGGUGGGAAAGUCACUCGACUGGCUCCUGUUAGGAAAGGACCUCUACCAUUCUUCGUUCAGAGAGCUAUGUCAUGUCCUACAGGAGACCUGUGUGCCUCCACUGGAAGAGAAGACAGAGCAAGAUCAUUGGCCUCAGAUACAGAUGCUUCUGCUGUGACUCUGAGCCCUUGGGAGAGAGUCAUUAACCCUCUGGAAGGUAACUCCUCUGUUAGAGGUGGCCAGAAAGAAUUCUCUCAAGAACGCACUGAAAAACAUGCAGAAAGUUCUGCCUCUGGGACAAGUACAUUUACUCCUUCAGAUGAAGACCCUUUCCCUUUUUGUACAGAGGUGACAGAAAAAGAAAGUGGGAAAACAUUACAUAAAUUUAAGACUACUAGUAUGUUUUCUGUGUCUGGUGACGAAGACAAUGUAAAAUGUCUAGAGGUGGUUUCAAUAUAUUAUACACUACCACGGAAACCCAGCAAAAAAUUCCGCGACCUCGUCCAGCAAUAUACACAAAACACCAAUUCACUUACGGAAUCACUUCAAGUGGACACAGACACAUUUUCUAAUGCUUUAGAAAAGGACAAAGUAAAUUAUUCUACACAAGUGCAGUCAGGAACAUCUUCAUCUGAAGAUCUAAAAAUGCUAGUCAACCCUACUCAAACUCAUCUUUCUCACAUCACUGACAGUAUGGCUACCUUUCAGUCACCAAAUAGGGGGUCCUUGGGGCCUACGUUACAGGAAAUGGCUUGUGCUGGAGCAGACGUUUCUCUUUGUAAAGGGGAAUCUAAAGCCAGAGAGAUUUCCUCACCUAACUUAGCUAAAACACCUCCAGGUGCUCCACAAAGCAAGAAAGAGAGGGGAGAGACACGGACAAGUGAAGCUUUGCAUACCUCACAAAUGCUUCCGGGUGAAAGUGCCACUGAAGAAAAAUAUGAAGAUUGUCAACAAUCUGUUAGUGCCGGACACAGUGGUCUCUCCGGUCUCCCGGCCCAUUCUGAGGAUAAUAGUGAAAAUUCCCAAACUGGAAGAAGUUCUGGGGAGUGUGUAGGCAGUGGUGUGGCCAUUAGAUAUACUGAAAGUGGAAACCGGCCUCAGGAAGAUCACAUGGCCAUAGGUAAGUAUGAUCACUGCAGUGGAUCACAGCCCAGGGAAAUCAGAGAGAAAACUGGAAUGGAGUGUCAAAAUCGGACUGACGAAGUUCUUUCUAACUCAGAAAGCCAAGAUGGUGUUCUCACUCCAGCACUGCACAAACCACAGAGUGGUGACAAGACUCAAUCAAGUGAACCAGAUUUACAAAGUGUGCAGUCUGAACCCAGGAAAUUACCUCAAGGAAGUCAGGGGGUAAAUGUACCCGAGGGCAAGAGGGGCAAAGAUGAAAUGCAGAAAUUGGCGUGGGAUCAGACUUUAUGUGCUGGAGGAAAUAAUAAACAUCAGACCAACUUGGAUGACCUAGAAAAAGCAGAAAACAGGUCUUCAAUUCAGCACAGAUUGCCAACCAUGCCUAAAGCCAGCAGAAAAUUCCCUGCUAAGGAUUUAAGCCCCCAAAGACAUGUAGCUACUAUUUUCUCUAAAAGUGGGAGCACAUUUGACUAUGGCCACUUAUCUCUUGGCAGACGAGAGAGCAACUCACUGGCCCCUGAGCCUACUCCAAAGUCCACAGAGCCCAGAGAUGAAAGCAGUCUGGGUAAUGAUAGAGUGAAUAUGGAGGAGACUGAAAUAUCCAGCAGAGAAACUCCUAGACACUCCUAUAACUGGAAGUCUAACAGCAUUUCAAAGCUACAUCAGAAUGAACUCAACAAUAUCUCGGAAUCACCACCAAAGCAUGAGGAUUCUAAAAGUGAAACAGUAGAUGAGGAAAGAGAGUCAGGAACCCCAGCCCAGUUCACACUCACCAGCCUCGGGGACGCGGACUUCUCCGACCAUCGGAGGAGGCUGAGCUCUCCUUUUCCUCUGGAACCUGCACAGAAGUCUCCAGUUGGGAUCUCCCUGGCCAGUCGUCAGCGGCAACAAGGGAGAGAUUUGUCUCGGGAGUGGGAACCUGAGCCUCACCUCUACAGAUCGAAGAGUUUAAAAAGCAUCAAUGUGCAUAGUGAUCUGCCCUGCAAAAGUCAUCCUCCCAAAGUCAGGGGGCGCCAUUUUUCUGAAAGCACAUCGAUUGACAAUGGCCUGAGUCGACUGACCCUUGAGGAUGAGCUCUCUGCCAACAACAGGUACAGUCGAAGAUUCAAAUCUUUUUCUGAACUUCCUCACUGUGAUGAGAAUGAAAGCUGGGCUUUGUACAGCAGCAAGGCAAAAACAGGCCCCCGGUCUGCCUCAUCUAUAUCCAGACCGAUUGACUAUGGGAUUUUUGGGAAAGAACAACAGCUGGCUUUCUUGGAGAAUGUAAAGCGGUCACUCACACACGGAAGAUUAUGGAAACCAAGUUUUCUUAAGAACCCUGGCUUCCUGAAAGAUGAUGUGAUUAGCUCUUCCAACCCAUCAGAGUCCUUGAGCUCAAAUUCUCCCAGCAGUCAGAUGCCAGAAGAUAGUUUAAGUCCAAAUGAACCGCUUAAUAUCUAUGAGGAGGAGCCGGUGGACUCAGACUGGGACACAGACACGACCACAGACGAUGAAUACUACCUGAAUGAAAACGACAAAGAGUCGGAACUGUAAGACUUUUUUGCAGAAAGAUGCGUCACGCAUUGCAUUCUGCUUUGCAUCAAAAGCUUGUAGCGGAAACAGUGUGAAUUUGUAUCUGCAGGAGAAGACAGAGUUGGAAAAGUCCAGUCUAGGAAGUAUCUGCACCAAAACAAUUUAUUUUCCCCUCCAUGCCCCAUAUGCCCACUUCCUGAAUUCUAAAAUCAAUGAUUUCUUGUUUUCAGGAGUUCUCUGCUAAUUUUCUUCCUUUGUGUUUGCUCUUGGUCUGUCUUCACUCCCUUCUCAAACUUUAAGUCACUUCCCAGUUUCAGCUUUUCGCUUUCUUUUCCUGUACUUUUUCACAUUCCUCAUUGUGACUUACACACACAAAUAUUAAUUAUCCUGUACAACUACAAAAUUGUACUUGUCCAUACCCUGUACUCAAGACGUUUAAAAAAUGUAAGGACCAUGACGGUACAGUAAAUAUCAUCAUCCUGUUUGAGUCAACAUUUAGAUAUUAUCAUUCUGUUUGAAGUUUAGGGGGAUUUUUUUUCCUUUUUUUUUUUUUUCUUUUUUUGGUACCAGGACUCAAACUCAGGACUUUGCACUUGCCAGGCAUGGUAGGCGCUUAUGCCACUGACCAUCCCCAGCCCCUCUUUCUCUCCAAGUUAAAGGAAUUUUCAUGAGGCUAUUCCGUUACAUCCCUAGUGGAGACUGGUGAGGGUGGGGGUGACGUUUAAAGAACAUGUUAAGGUUGUAGACGAGGGGCUGACUCCCUAUUACUGCUCACAGAGAGUCCUCUGAGACACUUCAUGGGGAUGCGCUCUUAUAAGGGCUGAGUUUUAAUCAAGCCAACGUGUUAAGUCAGGCCGCCUGAUGAUACAGCAGUGCUUUGGCCAUGGCACUUCUGCUUAUGGAGAGACUAUAACUGAUGCACAGAGACAAGUACGCAUCUCUUCAUGAAAACGAAUUAUAUUUGCUGCUGUUCUCUCUACACCUGGUUCUCACACUUCCCCAGAACUGUCCAUUUCCUCACUGCCCUCGAGGACACUUCAGGUGGCGCAUUUUAGUCCCAGUUAUCAAGUGGGAACCUUGCUUAGUCCCUAAAAUGCCAAGAAGAUCUGAUUUCUGGGAUUCACAUGCUUCUCCGCUGAACCAAAUUCUACUGUCUGUCACUAUGCUUUUUUCAACAAUAAAUCUCAAGUAAGUCGCUGACAUCCACUGAUCAUUUGGCUUUACUAACUUUAGUUGCCACACAGAACAUCUAGGAUUUCCUUUCUCAAUUCAGGAUAAAAGCCAGUGGUUGUUGGUGGAGAUAAUUUACCAGAACUACAGGAAGUAUGCAGUCUGGACCUCAAUAUAUGAGGACAGUCAACACAACGGAUUUCAUCAUACUGUAUUUGAUAUAUAUUUACUUCCUGACAUAAUUUUAUUUUCUGCAUUUCUCAUCAAUGCUGCUUCAUCCAUUACUAAGGACAGUGAUAGGUAUUGGUAAAGCGUGUAGAGAUCCGGCACUGAUACAGUUGCAAGAACUAUAUUUAUUAUUGUCCUCUUAAACAAUGAUUUACCUAAAAGCAAAAUACCAGGGCUAGUUUACACUGUUCCCCCGAAACUCAAAACUAAUGAGGAUGAGGUAACUAAUAUGAAGCUAUUCCUUAAAUCUGUCAGCUCUUCUAAACUUGAAGCUCUGAUCCAUUUUGAGUUUUAAGGCACUGACAAUAGACUUGUAAAUAAAGUGUUCAGAACUUUUCAACUCAAAUUUGUAUGUCAAAGGACACAUAAUUGUAUUCUCUGUAUAAUGUAUGUUUGUAGAGUCUGCCUUCUUCCUUUGCUAUUUAUCUAUUUAAGUAAAAUUUUCAUACACCAUGACGUAUGUUUUCAGUGUCAUUUUAAGAUACUCAGGGUUAAUAUUUUAUCAGUAAGAUUCUGGAUUUUUUUUAAUGAUCAGUUUGCGAGUUCUGUUAGUAAGUACUCUGAGUCUACAUGUUUGCUACAAAAGGUGAAAUGAAUUUAGCUUUUUUUCAGUGAGUUCAGGCUAUAUUAACAGUUAGGCAAAUGAAGGUAAGAACGAACAGCUGCGUUGGUUCCUGGACACUCUACCCUGGGCUCUGCUGUCUUAAUUCAAAGGUGAUUGACAGCCAUGCUCACUUGCACUAUUUGUAACGUCUGCUUAUUGCUCUGGCUCAAGAAUCAAGAAAAGAGAUAAUUCAUGAAAAUAGCACCUUCUAUAGUUUUAUACUUGUAUAAAGUGCUUCGUUAAAGAAGUAUAGCAGAUUUUUUUUUUUUUUUUUUUUUUUUUUUUU